UCAGAGCGUGUCAGUGGAACCUGAGAGUUCUGGCCGGUUUGAAUGAAACUCUGUGAUUUACUGAUGCGUUUUGUCCCUGCAGGCUGUCCCCUGGUCUCCGGGGACGUCGGUAUGUCCCAGCGGGGCCGGAGUGGCAUAGUUAAAGCACAAAGCGGAGGAUUUAGAGGAGGUGGAGGAUUUGGUGUUGAGUUUCUCUGAGCUGUUUGUCUCUUUUCCUCCCACAGGAUUCAAGCUGAAGCAUUUCCUGCGAGACAGCGAGACGCUGUCCAGCUUCCUGCAGAGGAACGCCUCGCUGACCCGACACGCCGCCCUGCAGAUCGCCGAGGCCGACGUCGACCUGGAGCAGGUCGUCCUCAGAGGCUGGGGCGUCCACCUGAGGGACAUGUGUCCCCGCAGCGGCGGGACGGCCGACAUGAAGGACUUUGUCACCAUCAGAGACCAGCAGGUGGCGGCGCAGGUACAGGAAAUCCUCUGCCAGGCUCCGCCCACCUGGCUGGACCGAGCCGAGCAGAACUUCAUGAGCAACCUGGACUUCUUCAAACCCAUCCGGAGGGACGUCCGGUCGGACCCGGAAGCUGUCCAGACGGUCGCCGUCGCCAUCAACAACCUCCUGGUCAGUCUGGGUUCUCUGGCCGUUGAGCUGGCCGGGAUGAAGAGCUGGGUGGACCUGCGGAACGAGAUCGUGUUCCUGACGCGGAACGCCACGGCGUCACCCAGCGUCCUCUACAAGGCCGUCUCCAGGAUCGUGUGCGGCCACCCGGAGGGCGGCGGCCUGCAGAUCAAAUCCCUCAACUGGUACGAAGACAGCAACUACAAGGCUCUGUUCGGCAACCACAACGGCAGCGAGGACGCCGCCGCCGCGCUCUAUGACAACUCCUCCAGUGAGUCCCCACUAACUG